AUGUCUAACCAAAACAAUAACAACAAUCAACAACAAGGUUACCCAAAUUAUAAUCAACAACAAGGGUAUCAAACCUACCAGGGGUAUCAAAAUUAUAACCCUCAACAAGGGUAUCAAUCUUACCAAGGGUAUCAAAACUAUAAUUCGCAACAAGGGUACCAAGGUUAUCAAAACUAUGCCCAACAAGGAUACCAAAACUACAACCAAAAUGGCUAUCAAAACUACAAUCAACAAGGUGGAUAUCAAAACUACAAUCAACAAGGUGGAUACCAAAACUACAACCAAGGUGGAUAUAAGCAAAGCUAUAACAGAAACAACUAUAACAAAAAUAACUAUAAUAAUAAUAAUUAUCAACAAGGCUAUCAAAACUAUCAAAGCUACAGCCAACAACAAAGUUAUCAAAGUUUUAACCAACAAAAUAAAGCUAUGACUUUGGAAGAUUUCCAAAAACAAAAGACUCAACAAGAUACUAACAAACCAAAAAAAACUUUGAAAUUGGUAUCUAGUUCAGGUAUUAAGUUAGCUAAUGCUACCAAAACUACCACAGAAAAGAAGGAAGAAGAAAAGAAAGUUGCAAAGGCCGAAGAAACCUCUACUACUGCUAACAAUGAAACUUCUAGUAAAAAUACUUCUGAUUUACCAAAUGUGGCUGAUUUGAAGAUCUCUGAAGAUGAAAAGAAGACUGAUUCCUCUGCACAAACUACUCAAGCUGCUACUUCUACUUCAUCCACUGCCCCUGUUUCUACUGAACCUAUUAGUGGUGGUGUCGAUGCCUUAAUUAAAGAGCAAGAAGACGAGGUCGAUGAAGAAGUCGUUAAGGAUAUGUUUGGUGGUAAAGACCAUGUUUCUUUAAUUUUCAUGGGUCACGUCGACGCCGGUAAAUCUACCAUGGGUGGUAAUUUAUUGUACUUAACUGGUUCUGUAGACAAGAGAACUAUUGAAAAAUACGAAAGGGAAGCUAAGGAAGCUGGUAGACAAGGUUGGUAUUUAUCUUGGGUUAUGGAUACUAACAAAGAAGAAAGAAACGAUGGUAAGACCAUUGAAGUUGGUAAAGCCUACUUUGAAACUGAAAAAAGACGUUAUACCAUUUUGGAUGCUCCUGGCCAUAAGAUGUAUGUUUCUGAAAUGAUUGGAGGUGCAUCUCAAGCUGACGUUGGUAUUUUAGUUAUCUCUGCUAGAAAGGGUGAAUACGAAACUGGUUUUGAAAAAGGUGGUCAAACAAGAGAACAUGCUUUAUUAGCCAAAACUCAAGGUGUUAAUAAGAUGGUCGUUGUCAUCAACAAAAUGGAUGAUCCAACUGUCAAUUGGUCUGAGGAACGUUACAACCAAUGUGUUACUAAUAUCUCUAAUUUCUUAAAAGUCAUUGGUUACAACAAAGAAGAUGUCGUUUUUAUGCCAGUCUCUGGUUACAGUGGUGCUGGUUUGAAAGAUCGUGUUGAUCCAAAAGAUUGUCCAUGGUACAAUGGUCCAUCAUUAUUGGAAUUCUUAGAUAACAUGAACCAUAUGGAUCGUCAUAUUAAUGCUCCAUUCAUGUUGCCAAUUGCUGGUAAGAUGAAGGACUUAGGUACUGUUGUGGAAGGUAAGAUCGAAUCUGGUCAUAUUAAGAAGGGUCAAUCCACAUUAUUGAUGCCAAACAAAAUUCCAGUUGAAAUUCAGAACAUUUAUAAUGAAACAGAAGCUGAAGUUGACAUGGCUAUUUGUGGUGAACAAGUAAAAUUAAGAAUUAAAGGUGUUGAAGAAGAAGAUAUUUCAGCUGGGUUCGUAUUAACUUCUCCAAAAAACCCAAUUAAGAGUGCCACCAAGUUUGUUGCUCAAAUUGCUAUUGUUGAAUUAAAAUCCAUUAUUUCUGCCGGUUUUUCAUGUGUUAUGCAUCUUCAUACCGCUAUUGAAGAAGUCACUAUCACUAAAUUAUUACACAAAUUAGAAAAAGGUACUAACCGUAAGUCUAAGAGACCACCAGCAUUUGCUAAGAAAGGUAUGAAAAUCAUCGCUGUUCUUGAAACUGAAGCUCCUGUCUGUGUAGAAACCUACCAAGACUAUCCACAAUUAGGUAGAUUUACUUUAAGAGACCAAGGUACCACUAUUGCGAUUGGUAAGAUAAUUAAAGUUGCUGAAAAUUGA